AUAGUGCUGCGGCGUACAGGAUAAUGAUAAUGAUGAUGAAUUUCGAGGAUCGACAUUAACUUCAUCGUCCUAGUCGAAAGGAAAACGAAUGACCACUUUUCUUUUGUUGCUUUCGGAUUCCGAUCGUAACAAAGUAAUUUUCUUCUUCUUAUAUUUAACAACAAUCAUCAUAUCCUCUCUCCACUCAUCUCUCGAUCACCUCUAGAGUCUCUUGUUUCUCCUCCUGAUUUCUAUUAUCUCUUGAGCUUUCUGUUUGGUUCGCGAGAGAAGUAUUCAAAGGGAAGUGUUGUGUCGAAGUUCAAUGGGGAAUACCUCGUCUAUGCUUACUCAAUAUGACAUAGAAGAGGUUCAACGACACUGUCAUAAUCUAUUCUCCCAGCAAGAGAUAGUGUCCUUGUAUAAAAGAUUUUGCCAGCUUGAUCGCAAUGCAAAAGGAUUUAUCUCAGCUGAUGAGUUCUUGUCAGUGCCCGAGUUUGCAAUGAAUCCACUCUCCCAGAGGCUACUUAAAAUGGUGGAUGGUUUGAACUUUAAGGACUUUGUGGCAUUCUUAUCUGCAUUUAGUGCUAAAGCAAGCUUGGAACAAAAAGUAGGACUUAUUUUCAAGGUAUACGACACUGAUGGUAAUGGGAAAGUAUCUUUCAAUGACAUAUUAGAAGUCCUGCAAGAUUUGUCUGGUUCUUUCAUGUCUGAUGAGCAAAGAGAGAAAGCGCUUUGCCAAGUUUUGAAGGAGGCAGGUUACACCAGGGAAUCUUACUUGAUGCUGAAUGACUUCAUUAAGAUUUUUGGACAUUCUGGCCUAAAAAUGGAGGUUGAAGUUCCAGUUGACUGAAGCUAACCAGACAGCCUUUCAUACCUGCAACUUGAGAUAAGCGCUUCGAGAAAGAAAGUCCUUCUAUUGUGCCUAUUAUCGAACCCUUCAAAGUCAAAUUGAAAGAACAUACACCUGUAUUAUUGUCUUUAUAUAUAACCUCAAAUUGAAAAGAAAAGGAAAAAGGAAAAAGAAGAAGCAAUUUGUGUAUUAGUAUAAACGUUCUGCUUAUCUGUAUAUUGUUCAUUCUGAAAUUUUUAGUCUUUCAGAUGUAUGAUUUAGCUGUUCACAA